AUGUCUUACAAAAAGUUUGUGUACUUUAUUAACCUCUUCUUUCUACUAGGUGCUACAUUGUUGACAUUUUUUUUGAUACUAGCGGGUGGAAGAAACACAGGAGUGUUGAAAAAUUUCUACUGGUUCCAGGCAUCCACUUCAGGCUUUAACUCGGCGCCCUCCAUAACCAGAUGGUACAAUUAUAAUUGGUGCGGCUGGGAGAGUCGCGGGGUAGCCGUAAACUGCUCUUCUAAAAUGGCGGCUCAGCCAUUUUCACCAAGGGACAACUUUGGCAGCUCCCCUCUUAUGCCUUCGACUUUCUUAAACAACAGAAACACUUACUAUUACCUUUCAAGGGUAGGCUGGGCAAUGCUUUUAAUCGCGCUCUUCUUUUUACUGAUCACAUUAGUUUCAGUUAUUGCCAGCUUGAUCAGAUAUAAUAGGCCCACUGCCUCAUUGGCAACUGCUAUGAGCUGGAUUACGCUUUUCUUCAUGACCCUUUCCGCUUGUCUGUACACGGGAUGUUACGCCAAGGCAGUAAAGGCAUUUCACCAUGAAAACCGCGAUGCUAGGCUAGGUCCCAAGAAUUUUGGGCUUAUUUGGACUACAGUAUUUCUGUUAAUUGUAAACGCCAUUUGCUCUACUAUAAUGCUGGCUGCUCACAAAAGAAACGAGUACAUUUAUGACCGCAGUUUCGCUUCUACCAAGACGGUAGACUCACAGACUCCUACCCCAGUUCCAUCAAAUGGAGGAGUACCUUCCUCGGUACCUGUAACAGAGGUCCAACAGCCCCAAUCCCAUCAUAAUGGCAGGUUCUUCAAGAAAUUGAGAGCAAAAAAGAGAACUGUCACUAGCACAGGCGAUGAACCAGACCGGGUUCAAGAAGAACACAUCUACACCGAGCAAAAUGUUCCUGUUGUAUCAUAG